AUGGGUUGCGGUAGCAGUAAACCAAGUAACAGUGCUGUGGUUCAGGCACAGAUAGAUUCUGGUGAAUAUGAUGCCAAAGACUAUGAAGAUCUCAUCUACUUGGCCAACAAACGUGAAAUCAAGGUCACCAUUCAAACAAGUACCAAGGCUGGACUUGCGGCUGGACUGUCAGUCAUGGCCGGAACCUUGGUGGCUGGACCCGUCGGUGCCGCGGUGGGUGGAGCCGUAGGAACCGCCAUGGCCGUCGGCAUGAGCCGAAACGUGGUGGGAUUGAACAAACUGUUGCAAGACACACCUCCCAAGAAACGUGGUCAAAUCAUUCAGUGCUUCACCGAAUCCUUCAAGGAGGAAUUUAUGGACACAAUCAAUGGUAGUCCAGAAUUGAAACUGCUCCUGCGUGGUGGUAGUCCCAUUGGUGUGGUUCGUUACAUGGUAGAGAAGGAUAUUAUUCAAAACGACCAAGCGAAACGAUUGGACGGUAUCUUGGCCAAGGUUACUUGA